CCCAGUAAUGCUGGUUAAAUGCGUUUCGCUGGAGGCGAGACCACAAGCUGCUUUCCAACCCCACUUUCUCCGCGCUGAUGCCGGCGGUGCCCUCCUGCCCCAGCGGGGCGCGCAGCCCCCGCCCGGCCCGCACAACUUUCCCCGUGUUCCCCUAUCUCGGCUGGCGCUCCCGCCGCUGUCCGCAGCCGCCCUGGGGAGGAGGCGGCGGCGGCGGGGCCGUGCUGGCGGCGGGCGCUCCGUGCAUCCUCCGGCGGCGGUGGAUGAGCCGAUCUGCGGCAGGUCACCGGCGCUGCCCCCGCCUUCCCGGAUACCGCCGCAGCUCUCCCCUCCCGGCCACCGGUACCCAGAGCGGUGCUCCCCGCCCGGGUCCUCCCUCUCCUCCAACCCGGAGGCGCCUGAUGCGCCGCCCGCAGAUCUCCUCCGGCUCCUCCCGGUGCGGCUUCUCCCCGCUCCUCCUCCGCGCCCGCCACCCCGCUGCCAGCCCCCCGCCUCGGCUCUCCCCCAGGCCUUCCCAACUUUCCCCGCCGGCAGCCGCGGUCUCUGCCGCCGGCCGCUCGCCUGCCCAGCCCGGCCCGCGGGGGCGCGGGGAGCGGCAGCCUGCGGGGGGCAAGGCAGCCUGGCCGGGCAGCGGCUCGGGGCUGCCACCGCUCCGCGGGCUCUCCGCAGGGUUUGCCCGUCCCCGUUUCCCCCGCGGCAAGGGAACGCCGAGGGGGCACGGCCCGGGGAGCUGCCCCCAGCGCCCUUGGGGCAGCCGGACCGACGGCGGCGCCGCCUGCCCCGCGGGCGCGGCGAGCCCUUGGCGGGGAAGGGGGACCCUGUGGGGGCCGGAGGGGCGCGGAGCGGCGGUGCCCCGGGAAGCGGCGCUGGCUCGGGAAGCGGCGCUGCCCCGGGAGGCGCCGGCCCCGCUCCCCCCGCGCCGCCGGGGCCGCCCGGGGCUCUGAGGCACCGCGCUGCCCACAAGGCCGGGCUCGCAGCGCCCCCGCCGGGCCGCCGCGGGAAGCGCCGCCGGCCGGCCCCGCCGCCGGCUGCCCUCACCGACCGCCUCACACGGGCUGAGGGGAGACCCCUGCCAUUGUAAUUUUAAACUGCGCGAAACUCGCUUGCCUGCCAAUAUCCCUCCUCAUGCGGGCUGGGGGGAGCUGGUGACAAGCGGCGGGGCACGCACCGCAGCCAGGGCUGCCGGAGGAGGGGCAGGCUCCCUUUUGUAAUUUGGCGGGAGGGGCUUGAUCCGCAAUGGGUUUCCUGGAGGACUUUUUUGAGCAGAGUUAGGCGCGCAUUUGUCCUCAGGCUUCAUGUGGUUCGCCACAGGAUUGCGCAGCGCAGCGGCGUUCUCACGGAAAGCAUUGCACUGCAAGGUGUUUUGGAAAGACCUGGUGAAAGACUGACAGCACCGGCGAAAUUAGCAAGGAGGUUCUGUGAUGUGGAGCUGGAACUGAUGUCAUGAGAAGCAGGAAAAAUUGACUGAUGCGGGCCCUAUUCAUCGGUCUUAUUGACAAUACAUACUGAAUUAUAUCAUUUUUAUAUGUGCAUUUUGGAAGGGUCUUGAAAGGCUUUUAAGAUACUGCAAAUUUUAUGAUUUGGAUGUGCUUGGUGGAAGGAUAAGACCCUUCUGAUGGGAUGGCAGGAGGAGAAAUGGUGCACUCCCAUGGGGCUGUGGAGGCUGGCAAGGUUACAAUAUUGUGGAACUCUCUGGUUGUUUGGCACUGAUUUUGGUUUCACAAAAUUAAGCUACCUGUCAGCAAAUAUAGUAAAGUUUUCUGUGACUUUGAAAUACAAAAAUAAACAACAAUAAAAAUAAGAAAGACUAUCAGAAGUCCAGGAAACAAAAGACUGGUCCACCUCACCUCAACCCAAAAGAGAAAUCUGGGACAAGUCUUUGUGAAGACUUACAUGAGAUUUGGGUGGGUAGUUGGAAGGAAUGUUCCUCAGGGUUGAUGCUAGUGCCAGCAGUGUUUAUCAUCUCCACUGAUGCUCCCAGUGCCAAGGUGGAAUACAUACUCAGGGAGUUCCCAGACAGCACCAAAUGGAGGGAGGGUAGUCAGUAUGUUGGGAAGGUAAUCCAAGAGUAAAGAAGGAAGAAAGUCAAAAAGUGGCAGAGCAGAAAAUAGAGGCAUGUUUUGAUUGUCAACAGCCAACUCAGUUUGAAAAACUCCUUUAUGUGCUUUUUAUUAAGGGCAGUGAUAUUAUUCAGCAACAUUUAGAGUGGUUUAGAAUUACCUUCAAGAUUUAUUUGAUUUUUGGCACAUUAAGGAAGGAGCCAUGGGCAUUUGCUCUGGAUACCUGACUACUGUUCAGUGUUUUGAAUCAUGCACUCACAUAUUUGAUUGUUGAAAAAAACCUAGACUCUGAAAUUAAUACAAUUCCAUCAAGAUAUUUGUGAAGGUGUUCAGGUAGAACAGGAAACUCAGAUUCACACGCAGAAUGAGUACCCCAUGACUAUGUUGCAAAGAAUGUGCAAUGAAUGAGUGGAAGCUAAUAUUUCUGUGCUUUUCAAAAAGAAACUGAACCAGACUCUCAAAUAUUUUUCUAGGGUUUCCACUAGGGCACAAGGUGAAUAAUUCACUAGAACUGCUCAUACACAAUGGCAAAUGUUUGCAGAACCAGGCUAUUAGUUCAGGUAAAUAGAGCUAUUUGUACUUGUGUGUAAAAUGUUGAUUAUUUGACUGUACAUGGUAUACAUUGGCAAAGAGUCCAGAGGGAAAUAACAAUGACUGAGAGAAGGCUUGAAUAUAUCUAAUGUGUUAUCCCAACUGUUAAUCCUGAAAAACAUAUAGCAGCGUAACUUGGCAUCUAAAGAAAGAUUUUUCCAUGUAAACUCUGCAGAGAAAUAAACUUAGAACUUUGAAAAUUGCUAUACAUCAUGUCAAUUCCCAUGUUAGCUGUACUAACUGUAAUGGAAAGUACUAUCUGUCAAGUGUUCUGGAGACUGAUUUUCCUCAUUAAAAAUCAGAUGACCAUUAGUUAAAGUACCCUUUUAUAUAAAAUUAGGAAAAUUUAGAUUUGAAAGGACCCCUGGGAGUCACCCAGUCCCAUACCCCACUCAGCAAAGACCUAAUUGCAAACUCUGAUCAGGUUGAAGGUGGCUUUGUCCCGCUGACUUCUGAAAAUCCGCAGGGAUGGAGGUUCCCCAGUCUUUCUGGAUGGUUUCUUCCAGUGCUGACCUACUGUCACUAUGAAGAAUUUCUUCCUCUUGUCUGGUCAAAGCAAUUGUGACCUUUGUCUCAUGUCCUUUUGCUGAGCACUUCUAGGAAUGG